AAUCACCCUUUUGGUUGAACUCAUCAUCUCUCUUCAUUCCUUCUUCUACUAUACUCUAUUCCUUUUCUUUCUUUUUUUUGGCUUUUCCCACCACAUCUUCUUCAAUUUCUGAUCCUUUUCAUCAUUACAAACUUCCCCAAUUGCCUCCAUCAUGUCUUCCUCUUCUUCUUCAUCAUCCUUUCUUUUCUGCGCCGUAAUCUCGAUUUUAUUAUUCAUUUCCACCUCUGUUUUUGCUACAGAGUUUGUCUUCAACACCAAUUUCACUUCCACUAAUACUUUGCUCUUCGGCAACGCCACCAUUGAUUCUUCCGUUCUUAUUCUCACUAGAGAUUCCCCUUUCACCAUCGGCCGUGCUCUUUACCCUUUCAAAGUUCCCAUCCAUUUCUCCAAUUCUUUAUUUUCCUUUGCAUCUUCUUUCAUUUUCUCUGUUGCCCCUCAACCAAAUCUUUUCCCUGGCCAUGGAUUUGCUUUUCUCUUCACACCCUUUACUGGAAUCAAUGGAACUAGCUCAGCUCAGAAUUUGGGGCUUUUCAAUUUCACCAAUAAUGGGAGCCCCAGUAACCAUGUCUUUGCUGUUGAGUUCGAUUCGUUUCAAAAUCUGGAGUUCAACGACACCAAUGAUAACCAUGUGGGUGUGGAUUUGAAUUCUCUUGAAUCUAAUGCUUCCUUUGCCGCUGGGUUUUGGAGUGGACCUGAUGAUGGAGAAUUCAAGGAAUUGAAGAUCAAUAAUGGAGAAACUUAUCAGGUUUGGAUUGAAUGUCUUGAUUCUUUAGUUAAUAUCACAAUGGCUGAAGUGGGAAUGAAAAGGCCUAGAAAACCAUUGAUAUCUCUGUUUGUUGAUUUCUCUGGAUUGCUUUUGGAUGAGAUGUAUGUAGGAUUUACAGCAGCCACUGGGCAAUUAGUUCAAAGCCAUAGGAUAUUAUCUUGGAGUUUUAGUACCUCCAAUUUGUCUAUAGGUGAUGCUUUAUUGAUAACAGAUUUGCCAUCAUUUGUUCCUCAAAAAGAGGGCACCAUUUUUAACUCAAGAGCUUUCAUAUUGGGAAUAACUUUUGGGGGUGUUGGACUUGUGAUUAUCUGUUUUAUAAUCUGUGGUGUUGUAAUUAUCAAAAGAAGGGGAAGAAAAAAACCAAAGGAUGAUGAAAUUGAAGAUUGGGAGUUAGAAUAUUGGCCGCAUAGGUUUGCUUAUGAAGAUGUUUAUGAAGCAACUGGCGGGUUCUCAGAAGCCAAUGUAAUUGGAUCUGGGAGAAACGGGAAGGUCUAUAAAGGGACAUUAGGGAGAUCAAAAGUUGCUGUGAAGAGAAUCUCUGUUGAAGCUGAGAGUGGAAUGAGGGAAUUUGUAGCUGAGAUUUCAAGUUUAGGAAGAUUAAAGCAUAGAAAUCUAGUUAAGCUUAUAGGAUGGUGCAAAAAGGAGAAAGGAAGCUUAAUCUUAAUGUAUGAUUACAUGGAAAAUGGAAGUUUAGACAAGAAACUAUUCGAGUGUAACGAGAAUGAAAGGCUGAGUUGGGAGAAAAGAAUGAAAAUUUUAAAAGAUGUAGCCACGGGGUUGCUAUAUCUACACCAAGGUUGGGAUUCCAGGGUUCUGCAUAGAGACAUAAAAGGAAACAACGUGCUACUUGACAAGGACAUGAAUGCAAGGUUGGGAGAUUUUGGGUUGGCUCGAAUGCAACCCCAUGAAAAAACGGCAGACACAACUCGUGUAAUGGGGACUGUCGGGUAUAUGGCACCAGAGGUGGUUCGAACAGGGAGAGUAUCAGCACAAGCAGACGUUUUUGGGUUCGGAGUGUUGGUUUUGGAGGUGGUUUGUGGGAGGAGAGCAGUAGAAGAAGGGAAGCCGUGGUUGAUAGAUUGGGUAAAAGGAUUAAUGGAGAGGAAUGAGAUUGGAUUAGCAGUUGAUGAGAGAUUGAGAGUUGAGGUAAUAAGUGGGAAUGAGAUUGAUGAAAUGGAGAGAAUGGUUUGUUUGGGAUUAUUAUGUGCACAUAAUGAAGCUGGUGCAAGGCCAACAAUGCAACAAGUUGUAAAUAUUUUGUGUGAGAGAAAUGGAAGUGGUUCAAAUGAUGGAUUGUUAAAUAGACUAAGAUCAACAAGAAUACUCUCUGAGAUUUCUCAAGGCAAGAAUUUUCAGCAAAAUCAUCCAACGUUUGAAGAAAUCAAAACGUCUUCAUCUUCAACAUCAUUCAUUGAAUCUGAUAUUUUAAAGAAUGACCGGUAGCAGCAGCGCAAGAUUUUGAUCGUUCUUAUUUAAAUACGACAGGUUGUGUUAGAUAUGUAAAGUAAGUGUUUUGUACUAUGUUUAAUUGUUGAUAUUAUUGCACUUCUAUUUAUUUAUUUUGAUUCUUUACAUGUAUGUAUAUGUAUGUAAAAGGUUACUAGAGAUUCAAGGUUACUACAUUAUGUAUGUAUGUAAUCUAGAUUAUGUGUUUACAUAUGGUGGAGAAUCGAACUAGGCUAUAUAAAAUGUUUUUUUAAAUUGAUUUGGCA